AUGCAGAUCAUGGUUUGUUUGGCAUCCGUGUAUGGAGCGUGGACUAUCAGAGACAGAAAAUGGUAUUUUGAGGUUGAUAAAACGAGAGGAGGUAGAAUGUUCUACCUGCAGGAUGAUUGUAAACAUGAAGAGCUGGUUGAAAUGGUUGUGAACGACUACAUGUUGCAAGUUAGUGGCGAGCUGCUGGAGUUGUCAUAUCCAUUACCAGCUGCUAUGAUGGAGAAAUUGCCAACGGAUUCACCUCCUAUGUAUGUGACGAACGACAGACAAGUUGGGAGCUUGGUGGAGUUAUGUAAGGAGCAUGUGGUCCGUCUUUGCGUCUCGACCCGCGUUGGUAUGGGAAGGAACUACAACGAACCAAUACAUGAGUGUGUCCAAGAAUAA